AUGGUUUAUUAUGCCGUUUCUUUCUUCCUGAUGCGCUUCCGGAUCAAUGGAAUGCUAUUUAAUAGUAUUAUAAAAUAAAAUGUGGGUCUGGAGUGUUUACUCAUGAAAUAGGCCUAUGAUCAGGGGGAAGAAGCUCAUGCUUCCGUUCUCGACUGCUUGGGUGAAGACCAGCUCGUUGAGCUCGAUUCAGGAUCAAAUUGCCAUCAGACAGUCACCUUUGCUGGAGAGAAGAUUGUGGGUCCAAAACCAAGACAGCUGAGUUGAAUAUUCAUCUUGGAGCAGCUGUGCAUUCAUUUAUUGAUGGCAUCGCUUUCUUUGUGCAGUUUGUAAUCGGUGAAUUCAAAGAUGACAUUCUCCAGUCGUGUGGUGUUAGAAUAUUUGACAAGUCAACGGGCAAGUGGUGAGCUAUAUUUCCCUCUCUGGCUUGUAACAUUUGAACUGUUUCAGGUGCCUGAAUUAGAACCCAUCUUUUGAUAUCGACAGGACAAUCCCCACCGUGCUCGGCUCUAAACCCGUUUCCAUUAAAGCCCAUUCCGCCAUUCUUCUUGGCAAAGACCGCAUUUUAGUUGUGAAGCAGAAUUUAUCAUUGGAUGGCUGUGCCUGGUUUCUUGAGGUUUGAACCUUUCAAAGGCCCUUUUUCCCUUGGUUUUUUUCAAUAUGAUUCUCAUUCGGCUCUUGGGCAAAAAUUAAUUUCGGCAUCAUCCUAUCUUAUAACCAUCAGUCCACAAUGUCUGCGAGUUGCCUCAUCAUAUGGUAAGAUGGUUCUUCAAAGCUAGAAACCCAGACAAAAUCUCCACCAGGAACUGAUUGCUGUCUCUGAAUUGAGUUAAAGGGACCCCUUUGCAUUGAUGGUGCACAUGUUACAGCCUGCUUAGUAUCUUAAACCCUAAUGUACUUUUCUUUGUGCUAUGUUUCAGAUCCUAAUUUCUUCUCCAUUCUUAUCUUUUCUCAUCCCUUCGCUUUGAAAGAUCGACACGCCAUUCAUCAGAGAACAGAGAAGUAUACUUGGUACCGAAGUGGUCGCAUGGAUCAAAGGUGUGAUUGAAGAUGACAGCCCAGUGCCAAUAGUUAUCAGCGGCCCCUCUGGCGUCGGGAAGGGAACCCUGAUAAUGAAGCUCAUGAAAGAGUUCCCUUCUACCUUUGGGUUUUCCGUGAGUCACACCACCCGACUUCCCAGAGAAAAGGAGAAGGAUGGAGUCCAUUACCACUUCGCCCAGAGGAGUAUCAUGGAAAAGGAUAUCCGUGAUGGAAAGUUCCUGGAAUACGCAUCAGUACACGGGAAUCUGUAUGGAACAAGCUUUGAAGCAGUCGAGGCAGUAGCCGAUCAGGGGAAGGUGAGCAACCAAAAGUUAUUAUUUGUAUGGAAAUCCGUGGAAUUUCACAUAUUAGAAAUCUACAGAUGGGUCUACUCGUUCAUUCUCUAUUGGUUUUGAUUUGUAUGGCCCGAUACCUUUAAGAUAAUAUCAUACAUUAUAUUAUCUCUAUUUUCUAUCACUGUUAUAUCAUUUACAUAGAUUAAAAGUACCAUAAUUCUCAUUGAAAGUAAAUGUUUAACAGAUAGAGCAUUGUCUCUAUUACUAGGUAUAUGAUCGACCUUUCUCAUCAUCUUUGUGAAUCUCUCAAACCAAGUUCUUGGUGAUUGUUUGAGCUCAUAUAUGCUCGUCUUUAAUUAAUACAUUAUAUCACUUAAAGGUAGUUUCAUAUCCUUGAUGAACAAAUCUCAUAUCCUCAUUAAGUAGUCACUAUAAAGAUGUAUAUUUUAUGUUGAAUUGUUGUAUGUAUCCUAAUCAUAAUUAACAACUAAAAAAGUAAAAUUAUAACAAUAUCUAUCCUUUCUAGCCCGAACCUGUCAUGCCUGACAAGUGGGCUUGGAGUAAUUGAGUUUGAUGGCUCAAUAAUUCAUACUUGUACUUAAUUUCCGUGAUUAACACAAGUUUUUUUUUGUUUCUGUUGCAGAGAUGCAUCCUUGAUAUUGAUGUCCAAGGGGCUCGAUCAGUUCGGGCUAGCCCGCUCAAAGCUCUGUUUAUAUUCAUCUGCCCACCAUCUUUCGAGGAACUUGAGAACCGCCUUCGAUCUCGGUAAUCGGAUUCUUGAUGCUCUGCUCCCUCCCUCCCUCCCUCAUCAUUUCCUCUUCUAGCAAAAUUCAGAACUGAGUGUUAUGAUGAUGCAAUCUUCAUGCAGAGGAACGGAGACCGAGGAACAGGUGCAGAGGCGGCUGAGUAAUGCAUGGGCGGAGCUCGAGCAGGGGAAGUCUUCCAACCUCUUCGACCAUGUACUGGUCAACGACGAGCUCGAAGCCUGCUACAGAAAGCUAAAGGUGUGCAUCAUGUCUCGGCAACAGCCUCUUCUUGUCUCAUCCAAAGCUUGAUAUUUCCAAACUUUAUGAUUCUUGGGCCAGCCCGGUUUCCUCUUAACGCCAUUCUUUCGAUCAAUGCAGAAAAUCCUUGCUCUCCAUGGGUCCACAGAGCCAGCUUACCCACCUUGUAAGCGCAGUCUGCGGGGAUCUCCCUCAUCAUCCUGCAUCUCUUUCUGAUACCAUUCAUUUCCAUCUUACUAAUCAAACAUAGUACCAUCCAGCUCCCAAGAGUGGUAAACUGCCCGUGUGUCGGUCGAUCUCAAGAUCCGACGAGAAGAUCCUGAUACACGGUAAAACUGCAGAAGCAGGCACGAGACCUAGCGUCACGUAAGCACAAACUACUCUUCUCCUUCAGAUCGCCAUUUCGUCUUGGUUUCUAUGCAAAUAAUCAGAUAUACCCACCCAUUUGAUAUUUUGCUAUGUUUUCGUCCAAAUAGAUGCACAGUCGAAGCAUCCUUGCUCAGUGGUGGCGCCCCCGGAAGAACAAAAGGGCUCAAGCUUCAUGAGACUUCUUCUGACUCACCAGGCAAUGGCUUGAAUGGGAUCAGGCUUCUCUAA